AUAGAGGUCUCCAAUAGCAUUGUCAGCAAUGUGCCGACCUUACCUGAUCCCAUUUGUUUGGGCUCUUCGACAUUGCACAUUUAUAUUAAAAAUUUCUAAUCUACUUGUGUCAGAAGUAUGAUAAACGAAAGCUUUUGUCAAAAUAAUGACAGGUUAGAAGCACAGUAUGAUUCCAUUUGUUUACAAGAAAUUUCUGAGUGCAGUUAAAUCCAAGAGAAAUCCUACUGUGCAAAGUGUAACUCGGAAUAUAUUUUAACUUUACAUUAAAAUCAAAUUUUUAACAGUGUUCCACCAUCAAAUUAUGGUACUAUUUACACCUACACAUAAAUAAAAUCUUUACACGUAAAUAAAAAUGUAAAUGACUAUAAAUAAAUAAAGACAUCCAAUGCCCCUAUUUCGGAAGAGUAAAGAGGGUUGUUGGAGUAACCUGUGCCACUUUUAGGUGUGUGUGAGUGUGUGUAUGUAUCAGGUUGCUAUCAUGUAUUAUGCAUUUAUUUUACAUAGUUGCCUAUGUCACAAAGGCAAAUUCUUCUACAGAAGGUUUAAGAUGGUUAUUGGAGUAACCUGUGACACUUUUAGAUCUGUGUGUAUUUGUGUAUCAGGUUGCUAUGUAUUAUGCAAUUAUUUUACAUAGCAGCCUAUGUCACAAAGGUAAAUUCUUCUUCUCAAAAGCAAGACUUUGGAAGACUGAAAUAUGCUCAUAAGAUCUGUGUAUAUUGUUUAUUUGAUUAUUUUGUCUGUGUUGAUUUAGUGCACUGCAGUACUUUCUCUAUUAUCAAAAAUGUUAUUAUUUAAACGGUUACAGUCCAGCAAAAAAAGCACAGUCCAAUGCUUUUCCCCCCUCGCGUUUUCAUGUACUGCAAGUAAGCUAUUUUAGUCGAACGAGGGCGCUCACUCAGGGGAGAUGUGCUGACUUGCGCUCGAGUGUAGGCUGUAUUUCCCUCAUCCAGCACACCCGAGGACAUUACAUUCAUUACCUCUAAGAUCCAGUGAACUAAAUCAGCUGUCAUACGUUUACUAUCGAAUAAACCGGACCGACGAGCACUGAAGCCGUAUAAUACUUUAUUGGUGCGCCUAGACUUCUGCAGCGUCAAGGAAAUUCAAGUGGCUCGAAAGAGAAUAAUAACCAUGUCACUGUAUCCAUCUCUAGAAGACAUGAAGGUGGAUAAGUUCAUGAAGGCACAGAACACCCCUCCUGCGAGCCCAUUAAAGGCUUUACCUCUUCCAGAAACUGAGCCUUACUUUGAUCCAAAAUCAGAAGAGCUAGCUACUUCUAGCAGGUUGUACCCUGGGCUGAAUGAGUUUAUGGGUCUAAAUCUCAGUGCAGAAGCUCAACAAAGUCUUUCCUCUGCAGUUCCUGAUGAGACCAGUGGGGUUCUUAGUGUCUGCACACAUGGAAUGAGCUGGGUGGCAGCCCCCAUAACAGGAAGUGACCUGGGGGUGAAGCGGGCAGAGAUUCGACAGGGUGUUCGGGAGGUGGUGCUGUGCAAAGACAUGGAUGGGAAGAUUGGACUCCGCCUCAAAGUCAUAGAUAAUGGCGUGUUUGUGCAGUUAGUGCAGGCUAACACUCCUGCAGCACUGGCAGGGCUGCGUUUUGGUGAUCAGAUUCUGCAGAUCAAUGGCAUAUCAUGUGCAGGCUGGAGUAGUGAUAAUGCACAUAAGGAGCUCAAGAAUGCCAAUCCAGAGAAGAUCACUUUGGCUGUGCGAGACAGGCCAUUGGAGCGAACUGUCACUCUUCACAAGGACAUGAAUGGCCAGCUCGGCUUUCUUUUUAAAAAGGGUCGAAUCACCUCAAUAGUAAAAGACAGCUCAGCUGCACGUAACGGCCUCCUUACUGAUCAUCAGAUCUGUGAGAUCAAUGGUCAGAAUAUAAUCGGACUAAAGGACUCCCAAAUCACAGACAUCCUUAAUUCCAGUGGAGGAGUUGUCACAGUAACUGUGAUGCCAGUGGUCAUCUUUGAACACAUGAUGAAAAGGAUGUCCAGCAGUAUUGUAAAGUCACUAAUGGACCAUUCUAUUCCUGAGGUGUGAGAUCGUUUGGAUCAAACUGUACAGCUGAGGAUGAUUUGGCCACAGUUUUUGGAGAGCUCACAUUUUGUUUGGAGCACAAGUUCAGUAGUGUGUCCACAAUCAUUUGAUUUUAUGUUUGUUUAUUUAAGUUUAAGAAGUUAUUGACGGGCAAAAAAAGACAAAGGAAGGAGAACCCGAGAGUUAUUUGUUUCAGUUUUUCCUUUAAAUUAAUAGUAUACCCCAAAAACAACAAGUUACAUUUAGUUACCUUUAUGUUGUUCCAAACCAAUAUGGAUUUCUUUUUUUUUUUUAUGAACAACAUUUUUAUUCAGAUUAAUUUCACUUUCAGAAAUAAAUCACAAGUCAAGGUUCAACAGAACUAUGUACAAACAGAUGCCAUGAAGCCGUCCACUUAUACAGAGAAAGAGGAAGAAAAAUAAAAGUACUAAAAAAUCAGUGAAACCAAUAUGGCUUUCUGACAUAUCACACAAGAGAAAAUGUUAGGCCAUAUGCAAAAUGUUCACACUGCUCUUUUUCUUUCACUGAAAGUGGGGUUUGAUGCUUUUGAACCUAAAAAGUACAGCAAACCAUGAACCAACUUACUGUGCUAUAUUCUAACUCAUAUGAAGGUAAAAAUAGUGUGGAACACAUUAGAGUAUAAUUCAUUAACUGAUAAAAUUCACUAAUCCUCUCCUGCCAUAGCUGUCAAAUGCCAUUCUUACUUUUGCAUAUUAAAACUGGUUCAUCACGAUCAAUCAUAACACGAGCAACAACCAAUGCAGAUUUGCGUCUUCACACUUCAUAAUCAUAUAAACAUGAAUGCAAAUAGGGAGCUGCAGUGGAGAAGAUUUUCAGCAAGUAACAACUUAAACUUCAGUAUGUUUUCUUAUUUAAAGCUAUAUAUAUCUUCAGAAGACUUACAGCACAUAAGUCAUAUGGUUUAGUUUUAUGACAUAUUAUUCAUAGUGCUCUUUUAAAUUGAAGUACUCUGUCCCCAUUCAUGUCCUCAUUUUAGUGUGAAUAUUCUGCUUAGCAUCCACUUGGGCUAAGAAUAAGGUUUGGAACAACAUAAAAAUGAGUAAAUGUUGACAAAUUUUCAUUGUUGGGUGAUGCUUUUAAUUCAUCUCCUUCAUCUUUAGAUAUUUUUGUUAAGCUUAAAGCUAAAUUCAAUUACUUGCAACAUAUAUCUCACAAAAAGCAUUCUGAAUUAUCGUCAACAUGCAUUACAGAAUGCUGAUGCUGUAAAUCAGCCAUAAUAAAUAAUGCUUUUAAAAUUGCUUUCUAAAAGCCAUUAAAAAAAAAAACUAUGCA